UCGCUGCUCGUCAUCGACUUCUGGUUCUACUGGACGCACCGCGCCAUGCACCACAGCUCCAUCUACCGCGCCAUCCACAAGAUGCACCACCGCUUCACGGCGCCGACGGCCGUCGCGGCCGUCUACGCGCACCCCGUCGAGUUUCUGGUCGGCAACGUCGGCGGCGUCGCGCUCGGGCCCAUUUUGUGCAACGCGCACCCCUACACGGCCUGGGCCUGGUUCGCCGUCAGCCUCUUGAGCACCUGCGGGUCCCACAGCGGCUACGCGGCGCUCGGCGCGGACAAGCACGACGAGCACCACCGGCUCUUCGACUGCAACUUCGGC